UUGACCAAUCUCGAGCUGUGGGACAACGAGUUGACUGGAACCAUACCAACCGAGCUGGGCAAUCUCACCAACCUCAGGACUUUGGACGUCGACGAAAAUCAGUUGACCGGGACCAUACCGGCGGCAAUCGGCAAUCUCACCAAUCUCAAAUUCCUGUGGCUGCCGAACAACCAGUUCAGCGGUGGAAUACCGGUCCAGCUGAACAACUUGACCAAUCUGCAGCUAUUGUCACUGAGCGGCAAUCAGUUGACCGGCCACAUACCGGCGGCGUUGGGCAGUUUCGCCAAUCUGGAAUAUCUGUACCUUCAGGACAACCAACUGACCGGCGCGAUACCCGCCCAGCUGGGCAACAUCGCUGGCUUGAAAUAUCUGUACCUCCAUGGCAAUCGGCUCACCGGCGCGAUACCGGACCAGCUGGGCGGUUUCGCCGAUUUGGAGAGGCUGUACCUGCACCGAAACGAGCUCAGCGGCGCAAUACCCGCAGAGUUGGGUGACCUCGCCAGCCUGGAUUCAUGA